AUUUGUGUCUGGGUUUUGGGUGCACAAAUCACAGCAGUCGAGAUUGAUCCGAGAUGACGAGCGGCUCAACGCCCAUCCAGACAAGCGACAUUAGCGAGUUGCUGCUUGCCACGGCAGCCUACCAUCGCGGCGAGCAGGCGGCGCUGACAGCGGACGGCCAUCAUGAUGGAGGAGCUGGAGAAGCAGGGGCUGGAGGAGCCGACCCGAGUGUCACCUCGAGCGGGGAAGCGGUUGACUCGUCCGACGGACUGGCUGGCAAUCUGAACGGUCACCACCAAGCCCACCACCGGCCAAACCAGCACUCGCUUUACAACCACAACCACCACCAGCAUGCGACUGCAGCGGAAGGAGCAGAGGCAGCAGAAGCAGCGCCAUUGGCCGAGUACCACGCCUCGCACUAUCGGAAUAGCGCCAGAGCGAGUGCCAGUGCAAGUGCCAGCGCAAGUGCCAGCGAUCUGAGCAGCGAUGUUGAAGAUGCAAGUCCUCAUUCGACCAACAGCAUCGACGACGACGACGACGACGACGACGAAGAGGACGAGGACGGCGGCAUGCAUUUCAGAGCUCAUCCCAGAAAGGCGGCACCACUCCAACGUCAGAACCAGAGGCGCAUCCUCAUCACCAAGGCACAACAGUCGUGGUCCCUUCGCCUGGCAUGCACGACACCGAUUUGGCCAACCUGCCCAUGCUGCCAACGCUGGCCAGCGUGCUGUGCGGCACAGCUACCGUGUCAGUGUCAGACACUCUUGCUCACCUGAGCUGUGCAACGCGAUCCACUGCGCUGGCCGCCAGCGAAUUGCUCAAACAUGCUGCCGAAACAUCUCCAGCCAGCGUUGCAGAGGCUGGACAGAGCGUGAUGGAGUGCAUGCAGCUGCCAGGAAUGCAGCCCCGCACGCUUCUCAAUCUGGCAAAGGUGUUGAAAAUUGUGGCGUUGCAAAUGCACGGCUUUGGCCCAGAGUACAUUGCCACAUUGAUUGAAAUCACUCGUGGCAUGAUUACCGACGACAUAUCGUUCACCAAUACGGCCGAGGCCAAACAGGCCGGCGUCAUGCUGGACGUCCUGCGCCAGUGCAUCGGCGCUGUGACGGUACAAGACGUGGGCGCGUUGCUUGAUUUGCUUUUUUUGGCGUUGGGCAAGCCCGAGAUAGCGCAACCGGAGGCAACCAUCUGCAUGCGCGAGCUCAUCGAACGUCGCACCGACAUUCUUGGCGAUCAUGUGCUUCGGCUCUUGCGCCAGGUGAACUCGCUGCCGCCUGCGCUGCUGACAUCUCUGCCCGCCUUGCAAGCGGCCAACAGCGAUGUGUUUGCCACCAACUUUCACAAAGUCAUUUCCCUGUUUAAAGCCCAAACACCAGCCACCGACAUUCCCGUACUGCAUUGCAUUGCCAUCAUUGCCCAUUCGUCGCCCAUUUUGAUCAUGCCGCACCUGGACAUUCUUGUGUCUCGUCUGGUGGAGCGCAAAGGACCAAACGUCGCCAAAGCCUUGUCCCUAGGCCUGAUUACCCUGCAACAUGUCGCCACCGAGCAUGCGACGGCAAUGGUGCACUUCUUGGAUGCACUACUGGGGCUGACGGCGCACGAGGCAAUCGACGCUGCAGCGGCGCUCAGUCCUUCAACCUCCGUGGCGAAUGCCAUCGACUCGGAGUCGAGCCAUUCUGGUCUGGUCCUCAAUGUGCAAGCGGCAGCGCGACAGCCUUAUGCUGACGGCAGCAUGCCUCGCUCUGCCGGUUCGCCCCAGCACACGAUGCACUCGCCCAACUUCCCUACCGCUGGUCAUCACCAGGCGCCCCACUCUCCGUUUCAACCUUCGCCUCUCCAUCCGCCGCUCCACAACAGCGCAGGGCACUCGCCGUCUCAUCAUCACCACCAAAGCCCUCAUCAUCACCAACAGCACCACCAGCACCACCACGGGCAUCACCAUCAUCACCAACAGCCCCACCACAACAACAACAACAACCAUCACCAUACUCACCACCUCCACCAGCACCACCACCACCACCACCACCACUUUUUCGCUCCUGUUGCUCUCUGCGGCUCGCCUCUCGCAGCCAUGGUUGAGGCCCACGCCACUCCUCGCACUUUGCUUGUCACGAUUGCGCGCUUGAUUGCGCAGCAUGAUGUCAACGUGCUGGUACGGAUUGUCCAGUGGAUGAUGGCACAACUGCAGCAGUUUAGCACCGUGGAAACUGAGGCAGCGGACUUUGUUCUGCUCGCUAUUCUGUUUGAAAUUCGCAUUCUCGCACGUGACCAUCCCGAGCCUGUUGGGGCUCAUCGUGCAGAGCUGCUUGCGCUCAGCGCCCACAAGAAUGUCGCCGUUGUAGACGCAGUUCAGCACUGCAUCGACGCUCUGGACGGUCUCGCUUCACGAGAUUUCGCGGCCACCAUUGCAGACAAGAACGCCAAGAUUGCGGUUGCAGCAAAAACUUCAGAAGACUUGGAAAAGUAUGUUCGAGAGCACGAGCAAGAGUUUCGUGAUUUUCUCGCCGAUACCGUGCAUCGGCUGCCGUUGCCCACCAAGUUUUGGGGCGAAUCUGGCGUGCGAAAGAGCCUCAAGCUGAGCUUUUCUUGCACGCACCAUCGCAACGGCUGCCUGUUUCCUCCCUCUCGCCCUUGGAGCACCGAUACCCAGGAAUGGAUUCGCUGGCUGAAACUCGCCUUCUGUCUCGUGAUGGUUGGCAACAGUGUCUUUGAGAUCAACAAGCAAGGAGGGUUUAAGGCGCUGGAAGAGGCAUACAAGACGUACAACUCGCAUCCCUACCGAACAUUUGUGCAGUUUUUCGGCCAGCCAUUCCUCACUGCCAAAGAGCAAGAUUCUCUUGCCGAGCAGCUGAGCAAUGCUGGUUUCCUGAACAUGUUCCAGUUUCACGAGGCGAGCAUGGGGUGGUCGUGCCACUUUUGCAUGACAGUCCCCGAUGACGCGCCGCCAAAGGCGGAAGUGGUCCCGCUUUCACGCGUUUCCCACAUGUUCGGGCCUUCGAUGCUGGAUGCGCUGCCCAAGCUAGCGCCUGAUGGAACGCCUAUUCCAGUCAUGGCAGUGGAUGGAGCACCGUCGUUGAAAAGCAUUGUGGACGACAGCACUGCAUUUGUCCGGAUGCGAACUCGCACGACGCCGCCGAAUUGGCAAUCCGAUCGGCUUGUGCACCAAUGCAACAUUUGCAAACGCCGGUUCAACGUGACCCUCCGCCGGCACCAUUGCCGUUACUGUGGCAAGAUUUUCUGUGCCAUGUGCUCCAAUCACACAGUUAGCAUCCCCGAGUUUGGACCCGAGCAUCUCGAGCCGCGACGCGUUUGCGCCAACUGCUUUGCAAUCCUCACCUUGGAGCCCUUUGCGGGUCUUGUCCAAUCCAAUCGUCUCAACCCAGUCCCCGAUGUUCCUCCGGACUCCGAGCCGUCCUCUCAGGCGGGCGCGUACGUGACACUCAAUGGGCACCUGCUGAUUGAUGGCAAGCGAAUGUUUACCGUUCUAGCUGGUCCCGAUCUCGUUUGUUUCCUGUCCGAUGUGCCGACAACGCGACCAGCUCGCAUCAUCGCCCUCUCGGAUGUGUUCCGUGUCGAUAACAGCCCGACGUCCAUCCGUCUUCGGCUUGCUGACGGCGCCAACCUCACCAUUGACUCGCUGCCAGACUCGGGCUCGGCACUCGACUGGUCGAAUGGCAUCAUUGCGAAUCUGAAGGUGCAAAGCGAUCGUGGCGAUCUUCACCACACCUCGUCCACCACGCCACUCGGCGUUCUUCUCGAGUCUGUAGCUGCCAUGCUCGAGCGGCAGGCCAACUUUUCUCGAAGUGUGCAGUUGCUGUAAAAACCCCAAAAAGCCUCGUUCGAGAGCGAACACCAAAUAAAAAAAUUGGAUUGAAAAUCGUUCUUUCCCCUCGC